AUGGAAUCGACGGGAGAAAUUUCAAGUCACCAAGAGACCGGUUCAUCCUCUACGUCGGUGGAUUGGGCAGCAGCCUUCAAGUCGCCCGAGUUUUCCAAUGGUCUUCAAACUGCCGUGGCCGAGGCCGUCGCGAAAACGCUUGGUACACGUGCCUCCAGUGAGACACAAGUCGCGGCGUUGGAGCAAUUGGGUGAAGUUUGUCCCACAGCGAUGGUAAGCGCGCCAGGCACGCAAACACCAGGCGAAGGUAUAUGUUAACUGCUCCUUCUUUUGUUGGGAUUUCUGGGUCGACGUCGUUGACACAAUCGAGUGCAAGUGCACAAUUUAGUAUAGCCAACGGUCCAUCAGUUUCCGAAUCCCUCCCUGCCUUACCUAUUGUGUCUCCAGGCAUUAACAAUGGCCUCAAUCAAGCCUUUAUCCUGGGACCCGGUCGCCCCCCUGUACCUGCAAGGCUCGUUGCGCAGAUAUUGGCGUGCAAGUUUGUCGAGAUGUCAGAUCUCAUUCCAGAAAAUUUAGAGGCCCCGACCACCGAGGGUACCUCCUUUAUCAUCGAAGGUCGCUCGAUUGUGCCCACGACGACAACUUCGUCGCGCAAGAAGAAUGAGAUAAGCGAUAUUCUUACGUGGGUCGAGUGCUUCAAUAGCUACAUAGCUGUAAUCACGGCGUCUCGGCCUGAAAGAGCACGGGAUUUACUCGCGUAUAUGGCCCUAAUAAUACGCAUCGCGAAGCAAUUCCCCGGACGGUGUUGGUUUAACUAUGAUCGCGCCUAUCGUCUCGAAGCUGCCGCGUCCAAUUCAAAGAAUUGGAGCCAAAUCCAUGCCGAUUUGUACCAUUACCAUACCUCGGUAGCGGUCAAAGCCACACAACCACAAGCUUCACGAAAUCGCGAACCUCGUGGUGAUCAAAAUUCGAUGAUUGACUGCAAAUCAUGGAAUUCAGGCGCAUGUAGCAGUCCAAGGGAUUUCUGUAGAUUUCGCCAUAAAUGCGAUCGAAACGGGUGCGGCGGAGCGCACCGCAGAAUCCACUGCUCAGAAUUCGCGCGUAAACGAGGGCGUAGUCCUGUAUGGCGUCAUAUCACCGCCAAUAUUCAUGUAUAUCAUGCUUUCGACAUUGAAGUUAAAUAGGACAUUCAGCACCUACGUGCUUUCGACAUUGAAGAUAAAUCUGGCAUUGAACAUGCAGAAGAUUCAACAUAUUUUCGACAUUGAAGUUAAAUAGGACAUUCAGCACCUACGUGCUUUCGACAUUGAAGAUAAAUCUGACAUUGAACACCGUGCUUUCGACAUUGAAGUUAAAUCCGGACAUCGAACAUGCCGCGAAUUUAGCACCCAUCACAACUUCAACGUUCAAAAUAUGUUGAAAAAAAAUUACCACAUGUUGAAUAUUGGCGGAGUUGAACGAUAGCGUCAAAUCUCCGCCAAUAUUAAUUAAGCUAACACAAGAUAACCCCCCGGCCAAAUUCAUUCGUGUCCAGACCUCUAGAACAUAUCACAUGACGCAAGCCGAGGGUCGGAUUCGCCGCAACUUGUCGCUGUAUUGGAGGCCGUAUACCGGUAUAUUCACCAUAAUAUUCGCGUAUAUUCGCUUGUUUAUCUUAAAUUAAUUGAUUAUAGCGCAGACUGAAUUGGUAGAGACGCAAAAAUUAUAUUUUAAAAAUUCCUAAUAAUCGCAUUAUAAAUAAUCGAUACAUUUUAAUAUUUAGAGUGUAAUUGCAAAAACAAUGCGUGCGUCAAACUGAACGUUUGCUGCCGCAGAAAGGCAGAUGGUUUUCUUUAUAUAUUAAAUCGUGAGGCCAUGUAGUGUAAUUUGAUAGUACUUGUCAAUUUAGCAUAAUUUUGCGCACUGUUCUUUCCAGAUCCGUCAGCCUUUAAUAAUUUUAUUUGUCAUUUACUUAUACAACAAUUCAAAAAAAUCCUACCUGUUUACAAAACUUUUGUGUUACACACUUAAUAGGUGUCUUCUUACUAAUUCAAUAACUGUUACACAAUAAAGAUUUUUGCUGUCACUGUGACUAGCUGAGUUAGCAUUUUAAUAAUAGCACAUAAUAGUUUCGUGAGAAAAUUUAUUUAUCUUAUAAUUAUACCAUAAACUUCUGAUUAUGAUUAUGGGCUAGUAUAUCGAAUGGCGUGAACGUUAGUAAUGUGACGGGGUCAUAGACGUCGGGCUUAUAUUCGGGGACUUAUACUCGGAAGUUUAUGGUAUAAGAUAAAUAAAUUCUCUCACGAAACUAUUCUCUUGGUUUAAAAAUUAAAAGGAUGUACUAUUAUUAAAAUGCUAAUUCUAGCAAGUGCAAUUGACAGCAAAAAUCUUUAUUGUGUAACAGUUAUUGAAUUAAUAAGGAGACACCUAUUCAGUAUGUAACACAAAAGUUUGUAAACAGUAGGAUUUUUUGUAAACCGUUGUACUAAGUAAAUGACAAAUAAAAUUAUAAAAGGCUCACGGAUCCGGAAAGAAAAGUGCUCAAAAUUAUGCUAAAUUAACAAGUACUAUCAAAUUACACCACAACGAUUUAAUAUAUAAAAGAAAACAAUCUAUCUGCCUUUCUGUCGCAGCAAAAGUUCACGUUGACGCAAUGACGCACGCAUUGCUUUUGCCAAGUACACUCUAAAUAUUAAAAUGUAUCGAUUAUUUAUAAUUCGAUUAUUAGGAAUUUUUAAAAUAUAAUCUAAUAAAUAAAAUACAGCUGUGACUGUUGUCUCAAUCGCUCAGCAACUUCAAACAGAGCAUCUCUUGCGGAAAUUAUUGCCUCUGGGUUCAUUCUACGAGAUUUUGCGUUUUUUGCGUCUCUAGCAAUUCAAUCUGCACAAUAAAAGUCAAUUAAUUUAAGACAAACAAGCGAAUAUACGCGAAUAUUAUGGUGAAUAUACGGCCUCCAAUACAGCGACAAGAUGCGGCGAAUCCGACCCUCGGCUUGCGUCAUGUGAUAUGUUCUAGAGGUCUGGACACGAAUGAAUUUGGCCGGGGGGUUGUCUUGUGUUAGCUUAAUUAAUAUUGGCGGAGAUUUGACGCUAUCGUUCAACUCCGCCAAUAUUCAACAUGUGGUAAUUUUUUUCAACAUAUUUUGAACGUUGAAGUUGUGAUGGGUGCUAAAUUCGCGGCAUGUUCGAUGUCCGGUUUAACUUCAAUGUCAAAAACACAUGGGUGUUCAAUGUCAGAUUUAACUUCAAUGUCGAAAGCACGUAGGUGUUGAAUGUCCUAUUUAACUUCAAUGUCGAAAAUAUGUUGAAUGUUCCGCAUGUUCAAUGCCAGAUUUAUCUUCAAUGUCGAAAGCACGUAGGUGCUGAAUGUCCUAUUUUACUUCAAUGUCGAAAGCAUGAUAUACAUGAAUAUUGGCGGUGAUAUGACGCCAUAGUCCUGGAGACGAAUCAAGCCGUAGGCGACAGGCGAAACGCGAUUAGGAGAGACGGUGUAGUUAAUAACAAUAUUUUUUCCUGUUUAGUUGUACAAAACGGCUACUACUAAAAAGCGAUACAGCGAUUCAACGAUACAGCGAUACAGAAACCGGAACCUGGAACCGGAACCUGGAACCGAGCAUAAUUUAUGCAAAAUAGAGCAUUUUGCACCACAGGAGAUAUACAUAAUAAUAAUUUACAGGGGGGGGGGGCGCAAUUCAAUGUAUAAAAUAUUAUAUGCAAGGAAUUUCGAUUUUUAACUAACCACAGUUAAUAAAACAAAGAAUGAACAUCGUUGUAGCACUACAUAUUACGAAGUAAAACAUGUUUCGUAAUUGCGCGGGGAUUCUUUUUGUCUGUUUUGAUAUGACUGCAUGUGAGGCACUUAGUUUAUUCAAUGGUUUAUUUAUCCACCGCACUUGACUAUGAAAUGCCAGCAGACAGAGGAGGAAACCACAACACGCAAAGCGGAUUGCGCUGUAUUCACUAGCAGUAAUUGUGCGCUAUCCAGUAAUCCAGCAUUUGAAUGUGCUAUAUAUACGCUGCCGAAAUCCGAAUACGCGAAUAUUGCGAAUAUGCUGCAUACUAAAAAUGUACGCUUGAACAUCAAUCACAAACAUGAAUGAACUAAAGUUAUGAAGGUAACUUCAACGUCAAAAAUACAUUUAAUAAAGAAAAAUUGAAAUGUCUGAUUGAAAUUCAGUGUUGAAAUUCACUUAGUCGUGUCUCUUUAAUACCCUAAUAUAACCCUGAGUUGAGUCAGGUUUCCCCCUUUCCUGCAAGGUCUAACAUUAUAUUAUAUAAUCCGUCCAAAGGCAACUAUAAGUAUAACAAAAUAUAAAUCUAUAGUAUUGUUGUUAUGCCUUCAACAGUACGUACAAUGUGUACACCACUGUAGAGUUUAAUAAACUUGUUUUUGUAACAGGCUACUCACAACUAACUGGAUAUACAUUAUACAAUCGUUUGUCACAUUUUUGUAUUAUCAGGGUUUAAAUAUAGUACUAUCAAGUAUCGUUUCCGACAUUACAAAAGCAAAAUCUGAUAUUGUCAUUGAUGAUUGAAGCUGUUAAAGCGACUAAACUUCGGCAUGGCCAUGGGGGUAUUCAUUGAAGUUACAUUGUACAUCUAUGUGUUUUCGACGCUGAAUUUCAAUCAAACAAAUCAAUUUUUCAUUUAUAUUAAAUGUAUUUUUGACAUUGAAGUUACCUUCAUAUAAACUUUAUACAUGUUUGUGAUUGAUGUUCAAGCGGAUAGUAUUUUUAGCAUGCAGCAUAUUUAUUUUAUUUAUUUAUAUUCGCAGUGUAUUAUAUUUAAUGUCGGAUUGCAUCAUACACUACACUGCGCACAAUUGCUGCUGAAUUCAGCGCAAUCUACUUUGCGUUCCGUGGUUUCCUUCUCUGUCUGCUGGCAUUUCUGCUGGAAUUGCGCCGCCCCCCCUGUAAAUUAUUAUUAUGUAUAUCUCCUGUGGUGCAAAGUGCUCUAAUUUGCAUAAAUUAUGCUCGGUUCCAGGUUCUGGUUCCUGUAUCGCUGUAUCGUUGUAUCGCUUUUUAGUAGUAGCCGUACAAAACAAUUUUAAUCUUCCUGACGUGUCGUCAGUUACUCCCAUUAAUGUAGACAAUUUGACAUUACAAUUAUGUAAUCAUCCGGAUCGACAAAAAGUUGAUUAUGUUUUGAGUGGUUUACGUCAUGGGUUUCGGCUCGGGUUUCACCCCGAGUCGACACAUCUGAAAUCAGCCAAGGCAAACUGUCCCUCUGCGCUCAAACAGCCCUCCAUAAUUGACGAAUAUCUCGCAAAAGAGGUAUCGUUAGGUCGGGUUUUUGGGCCUACUUCAAUGCCACCAGUAAAAAGUUUACAGGUCAGCCGUUUUGGGGUGAUUCCUAAGAAAGACGGUGGGUGGCGUUUAAUUCUCGAUUUAUCCUUUCCCUUUGGGCAUAGCGUAAAUGACGGGAUUAAUAAAGAGGAAUUUACACUUACUUAUAGCAAAGUAGCCGACGCUAUUUCUCUAAUUAUUAAAGCCGGACAUGGUGCGUUAAUGGGUAAAGUAGAUAUUAAAAGUGCUUAUCGCAUAAUUCCAGUGCAUCCGUCAGACCGUCAUUUAUUAGGAAUGUUUUGGCAAAGUGGUUUUUACGUUGAUCUAGCAUUACCAUUUGGCUUGCGCUCAGCACCAGGAAUUUUCAAUAGUUUAGCAGAUUUAUUUCACUGGUGUUUGGUGAAUAACUGGAACGUUCGCGAGUUACUACAUUAUCUAGACGACUAUUUUACAUUAGGACCUCCUAAUUCUGAUAUUUGUGCUUCGCGUCUUAAAGCGAUUGACCAGGCCGCGACCGAAAUUGGCAUACCCUUAUCUCCUGACAAGUGUGUGGGCCCCACAACGUGUUUGAUUUUCCUUGGCAUUGAGUUAGACUCAGUGCGCAUGACCGCUCGACUACCCGCUGACAAACACACAGAGCUCAUUCAAUUGUUGGAGGAGUGGGCCACUAAACGCUCUUGCAGACUAAAGGAUCUCCAGUCACUAGUGGGAAAAUUAAGCCACGCAUGUGCAGUCGUCCCCCUGGGACGCACCUUUUUGCGUCGUUUGCUCGACUUGUUAAAGGGCCAUUCCAGCAAGCAAUCCCGGUUUAUACGUCUCAACAAAGAGUGUAAACUGGACAUUGACUGGUGGAGAACCUUGUUGCCUACAUGGGACGGGGUGUUCUUCUUUGAUCUACCGGAGUGGGCCCCAGUCCCUGACCUUUUUAUCUCUACAGAUGCCUCAGGAAGUAAGGGGUAUGGGGCAUUCUAUUCUGGCGAGUGGUUUAAUGGCUCGUGGUCCGCAGCCCAACAGCCGUUGAGUAUUGCCUACAAGGAACUCUUCCCUAUAGUCAUAGCAUGCUACGUAUGA